CUUGGGCGCCUGCGCGGGACCCGUACCCCGGAAGCGCUCCGCUGUGCCGUGCCGUGCCGUGCCUGGGGAGGCGGCGGGGCCCUGCACGCUGUGAGCCGCGCGCCGCGCCGCGCCCCCGCCCGCCCCCGCCAUGUCCCGAGGCUCCAGCGCCGGCUUCGACCGCCACAUCACCAUCUUCUCGCCCGAGGGCCGCCUCUACCAAGUCGAAUAUGCUUUUAAGGCCAUAAACCAAGGUGGACUUACAUCUGUAGCUGUUCGUGGGAAAGAUUCUGCAGUAAUUGUAACACAGAAGAAAGUACCUGACAAGUUACUGGAUUCCAACACAGUGACUCAUUUAUUCAAAAUUACUGAAAAUAUUGGCUGUGUGAUGACAGGAAUGACAGCUGACAGCAGAUCCCAGGUGCAGAGAGCCCGCUAUGAAGCUGCUAACUGGAAGUACAAGUAUGGCUAUGACAUCCCUGUGGAUAUGCUGUGUAAAAGGAUUGCAGAUAUUUCUCAGGUCUAUACGCAAAAUGCUGAAAUGAGGCCUCUUGGUUGCUGUAUGAUUUUGAUUGGUAUUGAUGAAGAACACGGCCCUCAGGUAUACAAGUGUGAUCCGGCAGGUUACUAUUGUGGAUUCAAGGCCACAGCCGCAGGAGUUAAACAGACAGAGUCAACCAGUUUUCUUGAAAAGAAAGUAAAGAAGAAAUUUGAUUGGACAUACGAACAAACAGUAGAGACAGCAAUAACAUGCCUGUCUACUGUACUAUCCAUUGAUUUCAAACCUUCAGAAAUUGAAGUCGGUGUAGUUACAGUGGAAAAUCCUAAGUUCAGGAUCCUUACAGAAGCAGAGAUUGAUGUGCACCUUGUAGCUCUGGCAGAGAGAGACUAAUUAGCAUUCCCAUUUCCAUUGCCUGUGCUUCAGGCCAGGUUAUUUGGUGCAAAGAAAACACUUGCUAAUGGCUUUAGAUUAUGAGUGGAAAACAAUGUUUGCUUUAUGUUGUAAUUUACUCUGUACAAAUAAAACAGAGGUUUUUGAAAUA